GAUCGAAAACCACAAUUGGGUUUUUUGCUAUAUCCGCCAUUGAUGAUGAUGAUGAUAAGAUGAUCUGUUCCUUCCUACUUCAUUGCCUCGCUCUUUUCGCCGCACCACGACGAACGUUACAUAUUCCUGUUACGGAAAGUAUAUCCUUUUCCUAUAUAUAUAUAUAUAUAUAUUAAAUAUAUAUAUGUGUACUUAACAGUGUUUAUAGUGAGAUCGAUAAGAGCAUCAUCAUCUGUCUUACCGAGGCAAAGGAAUAAUAUUAGAAUAUCUGGACCCAUUCUCGGAGUCAUCGAGGGAGGAGUGUUGUUGUGUUGGCUGGGAGUUAAGGAACAGUGGGCUUUGUCGUCUACUUCUUGGAAGGAAGAAGCUCCUUGGCCUUGUUAAAUAUGAGAAAUAAUCUCCGAACUGAGAUCAGCAUCUUAUUUUAUGCGUGGAAGAGCGGCUUUUCUUACUCAUUUUUACCUCUCUUUUUGGCCAUUUGGCACCCUGUUCUACAACCCCUUUUGCCCAUUUCAGCUUUCCGAGGGACAUUUUUCCGCAGAGGGCAGGCACUUAGUGACUGUGAAUGAGAUACCUUUGAAAGGGAAUUUUUUAAAGGGGACAACUAACUCGGUUCUUGCAUGGUGAUGAAGCAGGAGUAAAGUAAAUAAUUGAAGACAGAUAUUGUCUGAGACCUCAGAACUACAUAUUCUGACCAUGAAAACAAACAAUUGAACUUAUUUAAGGAUAAGCCAGAACAUCUGAUAACAUGGACCCAGAAAAGCCAAUAGACGAUCAGUUUUCAAAGUUGCAUCCAUGUCUGCCUGUGAACACAAGAAUUGGGAUAGUAGGUGGUGGUCCAAGUGGCAUAUCAGCUUCUUAUGCACUGGCAAAACUUGGUUACACUAAUGUGACAGUAUUAGAGAAGUAUCAUUCUGUUGGUGGCAUGUGUGAGUCUGUCGAAAUAAGAGGGAAGAUAUAUGAUCUGGGUGGUCAAGUUCUUGCCGCAAAUAGUGCCCCUGUAAUCUUUCACUUGGCAAGAGAGACUAGUUCUGAACUAGAAGAGAUGGAUUCCCACAAGCUUGCUCUCAUUGACAGUGCCACAGGAGAGUAUCAGGAUAUAAAAGUUGCAGAUGAUUAUGUAUCUGUGAUAUCACUGACCUUAGAGCUUCAGGAUAAGGCAAAAAAUGCAAGUCGACUUGGCAUGCAUGCUGUGAGUGAAUUAGCUUCAGACUUAACUCCUCAGUAUCUUAAUGACCGUGGAUUCAAAUCAGUUCCCAAGUCUGUGGCUUAUGGAUACACUGCUUCUGGGUAUGGAUUUGUCCAAGACAUGCCUUAUGCUUACAUUCACGAGUUCACUCGCACAUCCAUGGCUGGAAAGAUUCGGCGUUUUAAAGGUGGAUACACUAGUCUUUGGCAAAAGAUCAGUGGAUCACUUCCAAUAGAAGUCCACUGCAACACUGAAGUGUUGGCAAUCAAACGUAAUUCUGAUGGUGUUAAAGUUGAUGUGAAAGACUGCAAUGGGGAAGUCAAGGUUAUGGAUUUUGAUAAAAUAAUCAUUUCUGGUUCUUUUCCAUUCAAAAGUGGAAGAAUUUACAGAUCUCCGCAUUCAAAUUCUACAGAACAUGAAUCUGAAGCAAUUGAUUUUGGUGAUCUCGAAAAAGAGUUGUUCAGUAAAGUACAGACAAUUGAUUACUACACCACUGCUUUGAAGAUCAAAGGGCUAGAUCAUUUGCCAAUUGGUUUUUAUUACUUCGCUGAAUAUAUGGAAGAUCCUACAACAAUAGGAUAUCCAGUUGCAAUGCAGAGGUUUUAUGCUGACUCUGAUAUUUUCUUAUUUUGGUCAUAUGGCAAUUCAGUCGACAUUAAAGGACCAAAAGUCUCUCAGCUUGCAAUGAGAACAGUAGAAAGUAUGGGGGGACAAGUUGAGGAGAUGGUGCUACAACGAAGAUUCAAGUAUUUUCCCCAUGUUAGAAGCCAAGAUAUGAAGGAAGGGUUCUAUGACAAAUUAGAAUUUGAACUUCAAGGCUUGAGGAACACUUACUACAUAGGUGGGCUUAUGGCAUUUGAGCUUACAGAGAGAAAUUCAUCAUAUGCCAUGGCCUUAGUCUGCAAGCACUUUGCAAAUAAUGAGUCUGCACCAAUUUUUCCUUAUGUCAAGAAUUUAUUUCCCUUGCAAAAAGAUUGUUUGAAUAAGAGUCUUAAAGGUUUAGAUGAGCUUCCAGGAGUAAAAUUUCCCGAUCUACCUUCACUUGAUGGUUAUUUGAAACAUUGGGGAACUCAUAACAUCACUCAAAACAAGACACUUUAUACUUGGAUAAACGAAGAAGGAGCAGUAGUUGGCCAAAGGACUUACAGAGAACUGCAUGCCAAUGCUUCUUGCAUUGCUCAAAACCUCUUGACAAGCCAAAAGCCUGAUAUCAAGCCUGGUGAUAGGGUUCUCCUAGUCUAUGUCCCGGGUCUGGACUUCAUUGAUGCCUUCUUUGGAUGCUUAAGAGCAAAAGUGUUACCGGUGCCAGUUCUUCCUCCUGAUCCUAUGCAAAGAGGUGGCCAAGCACUUCAAAAGAUUGAGAAUAUUGCUAAAUCGUGUCAGGCAGUGGCAAUCUUAUCGACAGUUGGUUAUCACUCAGCAGUUCGAGCAGGUUUGGUGAAGAGUCUCAUUUUGUUGACAGGAAAAAGUGGUAAAUGCAAAGCACAGUGGCCCAAUCUUCCAUGGUUACACACAAAUACUUGGGUCAAGAACACUAAGAAUUUGCUUGUAGAAGGUAAAAUUGAUCAAUUUGAACCGCAGCCAGAUGAUUUAUGCUUUCUGCAAUUCACAUCAGGAUCAACAGGCGAUGCUAAAGGAGUCAUGAUAACUCAUGGGGGUCUCAUUCACAACGUAAAAUUGAUGCGAAAAAGAUACAAGAGCACCUCCAAGACAGUUUUAGUAAGUUGGCUUCCACAAUACCACGAUAUGGGGCUCAUUGGAGGACUUUUUACAGCGCUAGUUAGUGGUGGUUGUGCAAUUUUAUUCUCCCCAUUGGCAUUCAUCAAGAAUCCACUCAUGUGGCUCCAAAUUCUAAGCAAGUAUCGAGCUACUCACAGCGCUGGCCCCAACUUUGCUUUUGAGUUGGUUGUUCGAAGGCUAGAGUCUAGCAAGGAUCAAAUAUAUGACCUUUCUUCCAUGAUUUUUCUUAUGGUUGCUGCUGAACCUGUGAGGCAAAAGACUUUGAAAAGAUUUAUUGAGCUCACGCGUUCUUAUGGUCUAUCUCAAGGCGUGAUGGCACCUGGUUAUGGCUUGGCAGAAAAUUGUGUCUUUGUCAGUUGCGCAUUCGGAGAAGGAAAAAUCUUGGUGGACUGGGAAGGAAGAGUGUGUUGUGGUUAUGUGGUUCCAAAUGAUGCAGAUGUCGAUAUCAGAAUUGUUAACCCAGAAUUGAGUGAAGAGCUUGAAGAUAAUGGAAAGGAAGGUGAGAUUUGGAUUAGUAGUCCAAGUGCUGGAGUCGGGUAUUGGGGUUGGGAAGAAUUGAGUCAGAAAACUUUUAAAAAUGAGCUCCAAGAUCAUCCUGGACGUAUAUACACUAGAACAGGGGACCUGGGACGAGUAAUUGAUGGGAAGUUAUUCAUCACUGGAAGAAUUAAAGAUCUUAUCAUUGUAGCUGGUAGAAACAUUUACUCAGCUGAUGUAGAGAAGACAGUUGAGAGUUCAUCCGAACUUCUACGUCCAGGUUGUUGUGCUGUUAUUGGCGUUCCUGAGGACACUUUAUCAACAAAAGGGAUUUCUGUUCCAGACAGCUCUGACCAUGUUGGUUUGGUUAUAAUUGCUGAGGUUAAAGAUGGAAAACCUGUUAGCAAGGAUGUAGUUGAUCAUAUUAAAUUGCGUGUUGCAGAAGAACAUGGAGUCAAUGUUGCUUCUGUUAAGCUUAUCAAGCCUAGAACCAUAAGCAAAACGACGUCAGGAAAGAUCAAGAGAUUCGAAUGCCUUAAACAGUUUACUGAUGGGACAUUGAAUGCAGUACCAGAUCCAAUUAUUUCUAAAAAGGUUUUGAAACGAUCCUUCACUACAGGAACAUGUAGAGAUGGAAACACCCCCCGCGCUCAACUAGUGAGUUCUCCUAUACCAAGUCUCAUAAUGAGCAACAGAGAAAUUACGGAGUUUUUAAAAGGAGUAGUCUCUGAACAGACUGGUAUACCCACUAAAGACAUAUCUGAAAAUGAGAACCUAGUCUCCUAUGGAAUUGACUCAAUUGGUGUUGUCAGAGCUGCUCAAAAACUUUCAGAUUUCCUUGGUGUUUCAGUUGGAGCUGUAGAUAUUUUCACAGCCUCUUGCAUUGCAGAGUUGGCAAGCUUUUCAGAGAAUCUAUUGCACAAGUCCCAACCUGAGCAAUUGAGCACUCUAUCUCAUGUUACCGAACACGAGAUUGAUUUUGCUGAGCCUUUAAUGGAAGUUUCUAUGUCUCGCCAGUUACAUAUCUGGUUGCUCCAAAAUCUAGCUCUUGUUUAUGUUGCUUUCCUUCUUGUUUUCCCUGCCUAUUUGUCAUUUUCCCUUUUCAUGUGGUCUAUCUCAGCCAUUGGUCCAUUGACAGGAGGAAUUCUCUGGUUAGACUAUUUGAUCCCUUUGGCUCUUGCUCCUCUUGCUUGGAUUUUUUGUAUCCUUUGUACUUGCCUUUGCAUUUCUCUUUUUGGAAAUUCUUUCUUAAGGCCAAAUUAUGCCUUGAGCCCUAAACUUUCCAUUUGGUCAGUUGAUUUUGUUAAGUGGUGGGCAUUGUAUAAGGCUCAAGAAGUUUCUUCCAAGAUUCUGGCAGAACAUCUUAGAGGUACAGUGUUCCUAACAUACUGGUUUGAGAUGUUUGGAGCUAGGAUUGGAUCUUCAGUUUUGCUCGACACAGUUGACAUCACCGACCCAUCCUUGGUUUCAAUUGGAGAUGGAGCUGUUAUUGCAGAAGGUGCUUUGAUUCAAAGUCAUGAAGUAAAGAAUGGAACUGUAAGCUUUCAACCUAUUAGAAUUGGCCGAAAUUCGUCUAUUGGACCUUAUGCUGUUAUCCAAAAAGAUAGUGUUGUGGGGGACGAGUUUGAUAUCUUAGCUUUGCAAAAAAAUGGAAGCAAGCAUGUAGUCAAAUCUGCCAAGAGUGGUAAUCUUCACAAGGGAGCAUUGCAGCCAAAUGUCAUAUCUAAGACUCAAACUGAUUCCAUUUACCAUUUGAUGGGAAUUUACUUAGUUGGCUUCAUCAGCUCUUUCUCAGCAACCAUUUUGUACUUCAUCUACAUUUGGCUGUCUAAGUCGUCUCCUUCCCCACAAGAAUAUGCAUUUAUGUGCAGCUUUGGAGCAUUUCACUGGAUACCUUAUGCCAUCACUGCAUAUGCCACCAUGUUUACUAGUGUCUCAUUCAACUUUUACGAAUUUUCCUUCUACACAGCCAUUUUUUACUUAGCUCAUGGCCUUAUACUCAGCUUGUUCACCUCUGCUUUGACUCAUUUCUUAUCUUCAACAAAAAACACAAAGGAACAUCAUUUCAGGUCAUGGCUUUGUGGGAGAAUCAGAAUUGCAUGUCACCUUAGAUUUGCCAAGCUCUUAUCAGGAACAGAAGCCUUCUGUAUAUACUUGCGCCUUUUAGGUGCAAAGGUUGGGAAAUAUUGCUCUAUCAGGGCCAUCAACCCAGUUUUUGAACCAAAAAUGAUUUCUAUUGGUGAUGGCGUUCAUCUUGGUGACUUCAGCCGGAUCAUAUCUGGAUUUUACUCCUCCAGCGGGUUUACAAGCGGGAGAAUUGACGUGCAGGAUAAUUCAGUGGUUGGGAGUCAAAGCGUAGUUCUUCCCGGUUCAAUAAUUCAGAAUGAUGUUAUUCUUGGGGCACUUUCAGUUGCUCCCAUGAACUCAGUGCUUCAAAGAGGUGGUGUUUAUGUUGGUUCUCAGACUCCAGUCAUGAUUAAGAACACCAUGCACUCUUUGGACGAUCGCAUUGAAGAGAUGGACACAAAAUACAAGAAAAUAGUCGGAAAUCUUGCUGCAAACUUGGCUGCCACAACUCUCAAAGUUAAAUCAAGAUAUUUCCAUCGAAUUGGUGUUAGUGGGAAAGGGUACUUGAAGAUUUAUGAGAACAUCAAAGAUUGGCCUGACCACAAAAUCUUCAGUCCGGGAAAAAGCUAUCCUGUGAUAAUCAGACAUAGUAAUAGCUUGAGUGCAGAUGAUGAUGCUAGGAUUGAUGCUCGUGGUGCAGCCAUAAGACUACUUCCAGAAGAAACCAGUAGUGAUCAGUCCUCACUCCUUGAUCUCACACUGAAAACAGGCAAUGCAUUCUAUGCCCGAACAAUAGCAGAUUUCGCGACAUGGCUAGUAUGUGGUCUUCCUGCAAGAGAAGAAUAUGUCAAGCGAGCCCCUCAUGUUCGUGAUGCAGUUUGGGCUUCCCUACGCCUUACAGAGUCGUAUGCUCAGUUGCACUACUACUCAAAUAUUUGUAGGUUGUUUCGAUUCUCAGAUGGAAAGGAAAUGUACGUAAAGUUCAAGUUGAGGCCUUAUGAUGAUAGUAUCAAUGAAGAUUCUGGUAGGGUCGAGCCUAUUGGGAUUUUACCACCCGACACAGGUGCAAUUCCUAGAGACAAAAAAGACACUCGUCCAUUACUUUUCCUUGCAGAAGAUUUUCGCAACCGUGUGAAUGAGACAAAUGGGGUUCGCUAUGUUUUCCAGUUACAAUUCAGACCAGUUCCGAAUGAUGAAGCCACGCGUGAUGUUGCACUUGAUUGUACGAAGCCUUGGGAUGAGACUGAAUUCCCAUACAUUGAUAUUGGAGAGAUUAACAUCAGUGAGAAUUUAUCUGCAGAAGAAUCAGAGAAGUUGGACUUUAAUCCUUUUCAAAAAUGCCCUGAGAUAGAUGUCAUUCAUGCCUCAUCAUCUUCCCAAAGUGCUUCAAUUGAUCACGGCCGUUCAUUGAUAUAUGAGAUCUGUCAGCAUUUACGAAAUGGAGAACCAAUCCCAGAAGCCUGGAAAAUCUUCCUGGAGCAGUCUGAUGUCAAAGUAGAUCUUUCAGGUUGUCCCAUGGCUGCAACACUAGCUAAGAAAGAUGAAAAGGCAGUGACUCUUCAAAGAAGUUGGUAUCAGACGCUCUGGGCAACUUUUGCCCAACCUCUACUCCAAACAGUCUUUCCUAUUUUCCUCUUGGCAUUAGUGAUCUUUGCUCCAUUGAAAUGUGUUCUUCACUUGAAGAAAGCUCAUGAACUCUCCCUGCAAUGGCUGCUUCCUUUGUUUUGGGUAUCUUCAGGUUAUAUGGCUGCAUUAUCUUGCGUGGCGGCCAAAUGGGUUCUGGUGGGAAAGAAGAAAGAAGGUGAAACAGUACUCAUUUGGGGCAAAGAGGUUUUCAUGGAUACAACAUGGCAAGCCUUCAGAACACUUGUUGGAGAUUAUUUCAUGGAGAUGACAACUGGGUCUGUUAUGUUCCUGAUAUGGAUGAAGCUUAUGGGCUCGGAUAUCGAGUUGGAAGAAGGUGCUUAUGUGGACAGCAUGGGAGCUAUGUUGAAUCCUGAAAUGGUGGAGAUUGAAAGAGGUGGCUGUGUGGGAAGAGAAGCUCUCUUGUUCGGACAUAUCUAUGAAGGAGAUGGAGGGAAAGUUAAGUUUGGAAAGAUUAAGGUAGGAGAAGGUGGUUUUGUUGGGAGCAGAGCUGUGGUUAUGCCUGGGGUGAUAGUUGAGAGUGGAGGCAAUCUAAGUGCUCUCUCGCUCGCCAUGAAAGAAGAAGUGAUUAAGUCAAGGUGAGUAAGUACUACGUAUCUAAGUGCUUACUACUAAAGAUUAUAUAUACAUACAUAUAUAGUUACCAAUAUAUAAUAGAAAUAAAUAAGAAAGCUCAUCAAUUUGUACGUGCAUUCCCAUCCAAAUGAGUGUAUUUCGUUUUAUAUGGUUUUUUACCAUAUUUAUAAAAUAAAAGAUGAUGAGAUAUAUUCAUUA